UGAUUUUAGAGGAAUUUUUUUUUUUUUUGGUGAGCAGAGAGAGAGAUGAGAAGUAUAAUUUUUUUAAAGCUGUUUAAAGAAUCAAAAUAUUUCAGUUUAAUUGAUUUAACCAUACUUAACUUUAUACACAUACAUAUAUACCAUGGCUAAAACUAGAUCUAAAGGGCCUGUCACUCCAAAGACUCCAACCCCUGUCAAAGCUAGAAAAGGUGCUGCCAUUUCCAAAGUUUCUGCUGGUUCUGCUGUAUCAUCUCCAUUAGUUGAAAAAUCCAAAAAAAUUGAUGUAAAGGCUAAGAAAGGUCAAGCAUCUAAAGUCAAAGCUAAAUUAGAAAAGGAAGAACCAAGUUCUAUAGUAGCUUCCAAAGUUGCUGUUAAAGCCAUUUCAGAAUUAAGUAAAUUCUUAGAAAGAGAAAGUGCCAAUACUAAAGAAUCUAAAACUGAUUUAUUUGCUGAUGAAGAUGAUGAUGAAUCUAAAAACUUAUACUUACAAAUAAACACCAAGAAGUUUGUUUCAUCUAAACCUCAAUUCAAACCAAAGUUGAUAAAAUUAACUCAUUCCAUAUAUAAUCAAGAACAAUUGAAAACUUGUCUUAUUAUCAGAGAUCAAUUAGUUACAACUUCUCAACAAUUAGAAGCUCUUGAAAAUGAAAGCUUACCAACCGUAUCUCAAAUCUUACCUUUAAAAUCAUUAAAAACUGAAUAUAAACAUUAUGAAAAACGUCGUGAAUUAUAUGCUAAAUAUGAUUUAUUUUUAGUUGAUGAUGCUUUAUUAAAUUUAAUGCCAACUUUAUUAGGUAAAGUCUUUUAUGGUAAUGGUAAUAAUAAACUUCCAUUACCAAUCAGAGUUACAACUUCUUCCAAUACUAAAGAACUUUCCCUUGUUACUCUUAAAAAUCAAUUAGAAAAAUGUUUAACUAGUACUGCUUUCUUACCACCAAUGGGGGUUAAUAUAUCAAUUAAAAUUGGAUCUAUAACUGAAAGCUUUAAACAAGAUGAUUUGGUUCAAAAUUUACAAGAUACUCUUGUUGCAUUUGAUAAAGAUAGUUUAAGAAGUGUCAUGCUUAAAACCAAUAGCUCUCCAUCUUUACCAUUAUUCUAUGCUGAAAAGUUAUAUGAUGAAGAAACUGAUGUGAUAGAGAAUGUUAAAGCUAACGAAGCUAAGGAACAAACUGAUGGUCCUAAAUUAUCUGCAUUUGAAAAAGGUUUAUUGGAAUUGGGUAAUGCUGAUGAAGUUGCUAAAAUCAUUGGUAAGAAAUUAAACGGUAAAUCUAAAAAGCCAAAGACUGCCGCUAACAAAGUCGUCAAACCAACAAAGGUUUCUAAAAAGUAAGUAACUAGAUAGAUAGAGAAACUAUCUCCAUUAAAAUUUUAUAUAUUAUUAGCUAUAUUCUAUAGAAGUUAAAGUUGAUAAUUUUUGUAUCAUAAAUAUAUUUCGCAAUAACAAAAUUUAA